UUCCUGCCAUCGCCAAUAUUAUUUCUGUUGUGUGGACAGCAGCAGCAGCAGCUCCUGGUCAGUUUGCGUCUAAGCUUGGAUUUGGAUCUUGCUGGAGUUUUCCUGACGCGCUGCUCUCAGAUCUGCUUUCAGACAUCUGACAAGAGCUGAAGACAGUGUCUGCGGUAAAGAGGACACAAUGUCGGGAUCGAUACCGUUCUACCAGAAACACCACCGCCACUAUGACCGAUCCUACCGUAGCCGAGAAACGGAGUCUGCUAUCAGCCAAUACCAGCAGAGCUCCAGUAGUUAUUCUGCACAUAGCAGCAAAAGCACCAAGGGCAUUCGAGCUGCCACAUACACAGCUCUGGAAGAGGGCCUGAGUCCUCUGCCCAAAAGAGCCAAACCCACAUAUCUGGCCAUGGACAAGGAGAACCAGAUCAUCGGUUAUGUGGUGCCCAUCUUCAGGGGCAGUCAUGAUUUUGCGAGCGGCCUGUCGGACACAGAAGAAGCUCGUGCUAAAGUGAGUACUGGUUAUGUGUCUGGCCGUGAGCUGUUCUCCAGUGGCGUGGAGUCUGAACGCAGCCGCAGAACCGUCAUGAGGGAGUCUGCAGAGCGCAUCUCACUUAGCAAGAGGAUCCAUGAGAACGAAGAGUACCACAAACGUCAGAACGAGGACAGCCUGAUGCACACACCCGAGUUCGUGAUCAAGCCGCGCUCACACACUGUGUGGGAGAAACAGUGUGUGCGGCUCCACUGCACCAUCUCAGGAUGGCCCGACCCGCGCGUCGUCUGGUACAAGAACAAUGUCAGCAUUGAUCCCAUGUCCAAUCCAGGGAAGUACAAAGUGGAGAGCAGCUACAAUGUGCACUCGCUGGAGAUCAACAGGUGA